AUGUGGCCCUUGAUCACCUCGGGCACUGGGAAGCCAUGGCAGGAUUUAGAGCAGGAGAGGAGCCCAGAACGGCUAGGGCUGCAGCCGGCGGGCCUGAGGUCCUCGGACUCCUGGGGUGGACCUGAAACCCCCACCUGGGAACCUAGUCAGAGGAGGCUCCAAGCAAGAGGGCACCGGUCCCAGCCCGAGGGUGGGGCUACACCAUCGGGGAGCGGGUCCCCGCGAUACGACAGCCCCUCAUCUUCCCAGAUCUUCCCCGAAGGGCAGUACUUCCACCUGCGGCACCGGGGUAUAUCCCAGCAGUCUCUGAGUCCGCACUGGGGCCACCGCUUGCGUCUGAAGAAAGACCCGAAGGUGCGGUGGUUUGAGCAGCAGACGAUGCGCCGGCGGGCAAAGCGAUCCCUGGAGGUACCCACGGAUCCCUGGUUCCCCAAGCAGUGGUACAUGAACAAUGAGAUGCAGCCAGACCUGAACAUCCUGCAGUCCUGGGGCCAGGGCCUGACGGGCCGGGGCGUCGUGAUCUCCAUCCUAGAUGACGGCAUCGAGAAGGACCACCCAGACCUCUGGGCCAAUUACGACCCCCUGGCCAGCUAUGACUUCAACGACUAUGACCCGGAUCCCCAGCCUCGCUACACACCCAGCAACGAGAACCGGCAUGGGACUCGCUGUGCUGGGGAGGUGGCAGCCAUGGCCAACAACGGCUUCUGUGGUGCAGGAGUUGCCUUCAACGCCCGAAUCGGAGGUGUGCGCAUGCUGGACGGCACCAUCACGGACGUGAUCGAGGCCCAGUCGCUGAGCCUGCAGCCCCAGCACAUUCACAUCUACAGCGCCAGCUGGGGCCCCUCAGACGACGGCCGCACCGUGGACGGCCCGGGCAUCCUCACCCACGAGGCCUUCCGGCGCGGCGUGACCUACGGCCGCGGCGGACUGGGCACGCUUUUCGUCUGGGCCUCAGGCAAUGGCGGCCUGCACUACGACAACUGCAACUGCGACGGCUACACGAACAGCAUCCACACGCUCUCGGUGGGCAGCGCCACCUGGCAGGGCCGUGUGCCUUGGUACAGCGAGGCCUGCGCCUCCAUCCUCACCACUACCUUCAGCAGCGGUUUGGCCACCGACCCUCAGAUUGUCAGCACAGAUCUACACCACCAGUGCACGGACAAGCACACGGGGACCUCAGCCUCCGCACCACUGGCCGCAGGCAUGAUCGCCCUGGCCCUGGAAGCCAACCCACUCCUGACCUGGAGGGACACGCAGCACCUCGUGGUCCGCGCCUCCAAGCCAGCGCACUUGCAGGCUGAGGACUGGAAGACCAACGGUGUGGGGCGCCAAGUGAGCCACCACUACGGCUACGGGUUGCUGGACGCUGCGCUGCUGGUGGACCUGGCCCGCACCUGGCGGCCCACACAGCCCCAGAGGAAGUGCGCCUUGGAGGUCGUGCUGGCCCCGCUCCCCAUCCUGUCGCGGAUGCUCGUGAAGAGGAAUGUGUCGGCCUGCACCGGCAGCCAGGACUACAUCCGCUCACUGGAGCAUGUCCAGGUGCAGCUGUCUCUGUCCUACAGCCGGCGCGGGGACCUGGAGAUCUCACUCACCAGCCCCAUGGGCACCCACUCCACACUGGUGGACAUCAGACCUCUGGACAACAGCAGCCAGGGCUACCAUGACUGGACAUUCAUGUCCACCCACUUCUGGGAUGAGAACCCACAGGGCCUGUGGGCCCUGGGCCUAUGGAACAAGGGAUUCUAUUUCAACACAGGGAUGCUGCACCGCUGCACGCUGCUGCUCUACGGGACAGCAGAGGAUAUGACGGCCCGGGCCCCAAGCCCCCAGGUGACCGGCAGUGCGCGUGUGCAGCGGGACGCAGAGGGGCUGUGCCAGGAAUGUGACAACCUCACCUGCAUCCUGGGGUAAUUCUGCCUCUCCUGCUGUGGAUGGGGGCACUCAGGCCAUACCCGGCAGGCGGUGAUCACGAGGCCUGGCUACCCCCACCAUGAAUACCCCAGCUGCCCGCUGCUCUGUGUGCCCAGGCAGCACCUGCCUUUGCCCCCCACGCUGCACGCUGGGUGAACUCCAGGGCUCCUGCCUAGGGCCCCUACGGCCACCUCCAGCCCUCUCCCCCUACCCGCCGCUGCUGCCAGCCCUGGCCAAGGUGCUGGGCCUGCCUGCUGUGGUUCUGGGGAGCCGCUUCCCACUGGCUCCGUGCAGGCCUCCACCCAGGACCGGCUGUGCGCUGGAACCUGGAGACCUGCAGGACCGAAGGCCGCCUCAACCCGGGCCCAGGGUGGAGUGACACUGCUGCUCCGAUCCGACUCCGACUGGGACCUGCCCUGAAGGCCCCAGCAGCUGAGGGGAACUCAGAGUCUGGACCCCCAGCUGCAAAGGAGAGAAGGUCUCCUCCACAUUUGGGGGUCAGCUGGGGGUGGGACGGACAGAGGCUGCAUAGUGACCCGCAUCCCUUUCCUGCCCCAGAGUCUGUCCAGUUCUGGGCUCCAUGUCCAACCUCAGAGUUUGCAAAUAAAGGUUGAAAAGAAGA